CCUUAGUGGGGUCCCGGGAAGCUUGAGCCAUCCAUCAAUCACUUUGUACUUUGUAGGCAUCUACAACUCAAAAUCUCUCAAGUUCCUACAUCUUGAGAAUUACAAAUUUCCGCGACGUUUAUCUCUUUGAACUGUCAGAUAAUAUUGGAAUUUGUAUACAAUGUUUCGCGCCCAGCAAAAUGCCUUCGAUGAGGUCGUCGGUAAGUAGCAACUUAUGAGCUUAUUCAAAUCCCCAACCGCCUUGAUGAAGCCUCAGUCGAAUAUGAUGCUAAUUUAUGGACUCUAUAGCCAAGGCGACCGACGAGAACCUCACUUCGGAAAAUUGGGAAUAUAUUAUGGAUGUUUGCGACAAGGUAUCCGGAGAAGACAGCGGUGCCAAAGAUGCCGUGGCAAGCAUGAUAAAGAGGCUGGCGCAUCGAAAUGCCAACGUACAAUUAUAUACUUUAGAGGUAGGUUACGACAUAGAUCGCAGUCGCCCUUACCAAAUCUAACAUUAUAUGUAUAGCUCGCCAACGCUUUAAGUCAAAAUUGCGGAGCGAAAAUGCACAGAGAGUUGGCUUCAAGGGCGUUCACUGAUGCAUUAUUAAGACUGGCAAACGAUAGAAACACACAUCAACAAGUGAAAACGAAGAUUCUUGAGCGGAUGGCAGAGUGGGCAGAAAUGUUCAAAGACCCUGAUUUAGGAAUUAUGAAUGAUCAAUACCAUCGACUGAAGAGCCAGAAUCCUAACUUGCACCCACCAUCCGCGCCAUCAAAGAGCCGACUUACAGAUUUGGAUCGUCAGAAAGAAGAAGAAGAAUUACAAAUGGCAUUAAAAUUAUCUAUUCAGGAUAAAAGCAGUCAACCAAAACCUUCCCAACCAUCCAGUUCAUCCGCAGACCCGGCUCAAUCGCAACAAGAUGCACAGCCACAACAAGUACCAUCUGGAACCACAGCCGCUACUGUCUCUAGAGUUAGAGCACUUCACAAUUUCCAACCCACAGAUGCGGAUGAAUUACAAUUUCGAAAGGGCGAUAUCAUUACGGUUAUAGGAUCAGUAUAUAAAGAUUGGUGGAGGGGCUCCCUGAGAGGGAAGACUGGUAUUUUCCCUCUGAACUAUGUUGAAAAGUUGGUGGAUCCCACACCGGAAGAACUACAACGGGAAGCGCAAAUGGAAGCCGAGGUUUUUGCAGAGAUUAAGAAUGUGGAAAAGUUACUCACAUUACUGAGUACUUCAACAUCUCAAUUAGAUGCUCGCGAUAAUGAGGAAAUCACAGUAAGUUGUAAUAUCCGUAUUUUGAACCGCAUGCUCACAUACCUAGAAACUUUACCAUUCUACUCUCGCAAUUAGGCCAAAACUUAUUGAGCUAAUCGGAAAAUACUCACAGAAAAAAGGUACAGUUUAUAUCCGUUCAACCAGGCUUCUUGAUCAGCUCACUAACAUAUAUCAGAUGAUUUUACACAAUUGAAUGAGAGGUUCAUCAAAUCAUGUCGUGACUAUGAGAACUUGCUAGAUGCCUCUAUGACACAGGCACAGUCUUAUCAUUAUGGUCGACCUGGGCAAGCACCACAAGGUCCGCAAGGUUACGGAUACCCUCCUCAGGCAGCAAGACCACAACAGGAACCUCAAAGAUAUUAUACACCAUCCCAACAAGGUAAGUGAAAGCAAACAUCACUAAAAGAUGAUAUGCUAAGUGUAUACAGAGCCACCAUACCAACAACAACCAACUCCACCUAGUGGUUAUGCUCCUCCACGUAAUGGACCGGCACCUUUUUAUGUUGUUGCUCCAGGCCAGCAACCCCUACAAGCCGAUGGUCGUCAACCAUAUCCAGGUCAACAGGCUCAACAAUCAGAGAGUCAACAGCCAUAUCCCCAAAGAGAUCCUACUCCUCGGAUUCCAUCAGGCUCACAACCUCCGCCACUUCAAACCAAUAGUCCUCCCCCAACUCAGUACCCAACACAACAACCACAAACAGGUCAUCGCCCACAAAGCACAUAUUCUAAUCCACAAGAACUAGCAACAUCUGUCUACGAUUCUCCAGUUCAACAACAAAAUCCUCAUCAAUACACUACAUACGGUGAAACCGAUCCUUACCCAGCCACUCCCGCAACAGCCCAAUCUCCACAACAAUAUAAUGCAUACAAACCAUCUCAACAGCCAUCUCAACCACCUCAACCUUCAUUUGAACCCCCAGCUCCUCCAAAUGAAAUUCCUAGUCCAGUGCAAAGUUCACCUUAUCCAGGUUUAGGUGAUGCAAGAACGACAUUACCUAGCCAAGGGCAAUAUAAGGCGUAUCAGAGACCUGAUAGUAGUGAUAGUAACCAGGGGAUGAGUGGUCAGGGAUUAAAUAAUGCUCCAAGUGCACCUCCUGCUGGUGCAUCAAAUCCGGCGGAUUUUUAUAGACAGAAUACUGCAUAUUAGGUUGUUUUUCAGGAUGUGAAUAGGGAGGUGAUAGGACGUUGAAAUAUGGAGGUUCGUUCAUGUCUUCAAUGUGAGUAUUUGAUUUGAAGCGGGAAGUUUACGUCUGAGGGACGCAUAUAUGGGUGGAUGGGGAGAGGUUGGCAAUGACAUUGGGUUUUACGAAACGGAAUGCUGGAGUGGACAAAUAAAUAGAUAUGAAUUUGAGGUAGUUGAUAGUUGGUAGUUAGUAAUUAGCUGAAUAACUUUACUCCUGAAUAAUGCAUUUUGAAUCUUUUUUUUUUAGAUUAAUAGUGAGUUGUUGGGAUUCUUAAUAGAGAGAGUAUUUUGUGAGUUGUAAGUUGUGAGUAGGUAGAGGGUGAGGUAGAUGAGU